AGACCUCCCCAUUUCAGAGGACCUUUUGCUCCACACCAGCAGCCUCCCCCAUUUAACCAGCUCCCACCACCCCCUCACAAUUUUGGAAGAUUCCCACCUCGCUUUGUGCAGGAAGACUUUACUCCCAGACAUCACUAUGACAGAACGCCUUACACCUCACAUCGCUUUGACUAUCCUCAGGGUGGAGAAUAUCCUGGAGAUAUGCCUGGUCCUCCACUUCACCACCACCCCACCCAACGAAUGCCUCCACCAGCUAUAGGAGCCGAUCAUCCUCCGUGGGGUACGGGCCAACACCCAGACUUUGGCGCACCUCAACAUGGGUUCAAUGGCCACUCCCCUCACAUGCGCCAUCGACAGCAUCCCGUUCAAGAUGACCCAAGUCUGGUUCCAAACGUACCCUAUUUUGACCUGCCAGCAGGUCUCAUGGCUCCAUUGGUCAAGCUGGAAGACUGUGACUAUAAACCGUUGGACCCUAAGGACAUUAGGUUACCCCCUCCUAUGCCGCCCAGUGAUCGGCUACUAGCUGCUGUGGAGGCUUUCUACAGCCCUCCUUCACAUGAUCGACCUCGAAACAGUGAAGGUUGGGAGCAGAAUGGCCUGUAUGAGUUCUUCAGAGCCAAGAUGAGAGCUAGAAGAAAAAAGGAACAGGAGAAAAGAAACAGCGGUCAUGGAGGAAGUCGCUCAAGGAGUCGCUCUCGCAGCAGGAGGAGAUCAUCUUCUCGCUCAAGCUCUCACUCCUCAAAGUCCUCCAGGUCACGUUCUGGUUCAUCUCACUCUCGCAGCCGAUCCCGCUCCUACUCACGAUCCAGGUCCAGGAGCCGAUCCAGGUCUUCUCGGAGUCACUCUGGCUCCAGAUCCAGAUCCCACUCAAAUUCUCCUACAAAGCGCCGUCGUGGUCCAAAAUCCCGGAGCACUUCUCCUUCGUCCACUGCAGGGCUGGGCAGCUCGUCAUCUAAAAUGUCUACAGACACCAGACUAGGAGAAGAGAAUAAGGGCCACCAGUUGUUAUUAAAGAUGGGUUGGAGCGGUUCUGGUGGCCUUGGGGUCAAAGAACAAGGUAUCCAGGACCCUAUCAAAGGGGGAGAUGUUAGGGAUAAGUGGGACCAGUACAAAGGCGUUGGAGUGUCUUUAGAUGAUCCAUAUGAGAACUACAGAAGGAAUAAAAGCUACAACUUUGUUGCCCGGAUGAAAGCUAGGGAGGAAGUCAAUCGGGAAGCUCAGGAGCCUCCAUCUACUGACUGAGGCCCUUGGAAUUCUGUUUCACUUGGAUCUGAAGGCUGAGCUUUACUGUCCAGGAUGCUUUCACCUCUUGUAAAGAUUUCUCAUUGACUAGAAAGAGUGACAGACAUCACAUUUGUUCUAUUUUAGUGUUAAUGUAUCUGCAUGAACUUCUUUCUUGUUCUUUUCUGGUGUGUUAGACAGAAAGGUUAACUCUAAAGUAACAAUGAUUGCAUGUUCAAGUUUUCUCUUAAUACAAAAAUCCCAGGUGUAAUAAACCAGAUCAUUAAAACCUUUGUCUUAGUUCCACAGAAGCUUGUCUAAAAUGUGUUCUGUAUGUGUCCUUUAGUAGCUGUUUCAUUUAAAUUUGCAAAAGUUGUAUGAUGACACAAAUCAAUAAAUCCAUAUUUUGUGUUUCAGAAAUCAAUUUCUAUUUAUCAGCAGCAGGGUUCUAAUGGUGGAAAGGCACAAAGCCAUUCCACUCUUUCCACAAUAAAUAUUAAUAAAAC